UGUAUCCCCACCAUGGCUCGUGCCGUGGUGGUCAACGCUGCCCAGCUUGCCUCCUACUCCCAAUCCAAACAAUUUCUCCUUGACUCUGGGCAUUUCCGUGACGACAUCCUGUGCCACUUCUGCGCCAGCAUGAUCAGCGGGCUGGUGACCACAGCUGCCUCCAUGCCAGUCGACAUCGUCAAGACCCGGAUCCAGAACAUGAGGACAAUCGAUGGGAAACCAGAGUACCGCAACGGGCUGGAUGUGCUGCUGAAGGUCGUGCGGUACGAGGGGUUCUUCAGCCUCUGGAAGGGCUUCACCCCCUACUACGCUCGCCUGGGCCCCCACACCGUGCUCACCUUCAUCUUCCUCGAGCAGAUGAACAAGUGGUACCAGCGACUCUUCCUCAGCGCCUGA